AAAUUCAAUUUGGCUUAAGUAUUAUUUAUUAAAUACUGUACAAACAUGACAUAUAUAUGCAUAUGUGUAAAAGUUGUGUGUGUGUGUUUAUAUGUGAACAACGUCAACGACACGACUGUGGGGCCCGUCAAAUUGCGUCAGAUGAACAUGGCGUUCUUUAGGUUAUUGCCGUGAGUGUUGCUUCAUUAUUUUCAUUAAAUGCAAAUAAUUGGUGUGUUCUGCGAAAUAACGCAGAACUCCGUGUCAAUGGGGAGGCGAACCUUUGAAGGUUUGGGCCGUAACCCCAGGACCUAAAGGAAUCCCUUAUUUGAAAAGUGUAGGAAAAAAAAAAGUAUACACACCCUGACGCGGUAUUCACAGUGUUUUGGGUGACAUUUUUUUGGGCUCUUGAAAGACAUAUUUUUUUUGUUGUUGUUUUUUUUCUUAAUUAUCCCCCGUGUUUAUGAUAAAAACCAGUGUAAUUUCGUGAAUUUAAUUUAAGACUGCUUUUAAUUUGUCACAAGAUUUUUGGAGCCGGUUUUUCAUUGACCCAGUGAUAUAGCCACAGGGUGAAAGUGGUGGUGGUGGUAACCAAUAAGUGUGAUAAUUCUCAAUUCAUCCCUACGAUUGUUUGGGUUGGUUUUUUUUUUACAAAUUGUUAAUUUCUAUUGUUUUCAAUCGUUAUUGUUGGGUAGAUUUUUUUUUUUUUUUUUUUUUGGGCGUCGGCUCUUAAGGCGGGAAAAAUUGGAUAAAAAAAUAUGUAUAAAUGAAUAUAAGAAGUACGUGGAGAUGGUGGUUUAUGGAAGUUAGUUGUAUUUGAAAUUUUAUGUGUGGUGAACCGUUGGAGUAAGUGACACAUGUCAGUGCCAUCGACUUGUGUUUAUGAUUCUUGUGAGAUAAUUCGCCACGGGAAAACAAAUAAAGUUGAAGCUGACAAAGAGAUUUGUAAAUUAAAAUACAUAAGAAAGAGAGGUAAGAAGAGGGUCGGUGCCAUAUGCCGCCAGCCGGGCUAUCGGCAAGAGGCUUGUCUAUCUUGAUGGACCACGGACAACCGGACGCUCGUCAUCGGAGCGAGCGGUUACUACUUUAUUCAGAGAAUGGCUGCUCUCAACCCCUUCAACAAAAUACGGCCACACUAUCCCCCAGGUAUCAACACAUCAGUAGAGUCACCACACAAUUUAGCAAAAACUACUCAUACGGACGUACUCCAAGCACCAUGUCAGAUAGCAGUGUAUCCGAUACUCACAGUGGUGGUACAGCAAGAACAAUUUCACAACAAACUAGUCCUUCCCAUGGCACGCAUUCCUCCUCUCAAUCUCGACAGGACAACAGUACGACUCUCUUUACUGCCCAGUUUGAUUACGUCGCACAGGGAGAGGACGAGUUGUCAUUGCAACGAGGAGAAACUGUUGAGGUCUUAUCCAAGGAUUCAAAGAUUUCUGGCGAUGAAGGCUGGUGGACUGGGAAGAUACGGGGAAAAGUUGGUAUUUUCCCGGCAAAUUUUGUCAUUGAAGCGGAAGCAAUCGAUAGGGUAUCAUCGGUGAUCGAUAAUGUUCAUCCUGUUGAAAUUGAUUUUGAAGAAUUGCAAUUGGAAGAGGUGAUUGGAGUUGGUGGAUUUGGAAAAGUUUACAGAGGAUUUUGGCAGAAACACGAGGUUGCUGUAAAAGCAGCGCGUCAAGAUCCAGAUGAAGAACCAAGUGUUACAUUGGAAAAUGUUCGUCAGGAGGCAAAACUUUUUUGGCUCCUUAAGCACGAGAAUAUUGUACAGCUCGAGGGAGUUUGUUUAAAAAUGCCAAACAUGUGUCUUGUUAUGGAAUAUGCUCGCGGCGGUAGUCUCAAUAGGGUUCUUAGUGGUAGAAAGAUCAGGCCAGAUGUACUUGUCGAUUGGGCAAUUCAAAUUGCUCGCGGAAUGGAUUAUCUUCAUAAUAAAGCUCCAAUUAGUCUUAUUCACAGAGAUUUAAAAAGUUCCAAUGUUUUACUGAGUGAGCCAAUAGAGAAUGACGAUCUUCAGUAUAAAACAUUGAAAAUAACAGAUUUUGGUUUGGCAAGAGAAGUCUACAAAACAACCCGUAUGUCGGCAGCUGGCACUUAUGCUUGGAUGGCACCAGAAGUUAUUAAAAAAAGUACAUUCAGUAAAGCGAGCGACGUUUGGAGUUAUGGCGUUCUUUUAUGGGAACUUUUAACUGGUGAAACGCCAUACAAAGGCAUAGAUGCUUUGGCAGUUGCUUAUGGAGUUGCCGUAAAUAAACUUACCUUGCCAAUACCUUCAACUUGCCCACAGCCUUGGAGAUUUCUCAUGGAAGCCUGUUGGUCGUCAGACAGUCACUGUAGACCAGGUUUUGUUGCAAUUUUACAAGCAUUGGAUGAUGUUAGAAGUGCUUUUGCUGCCACACCUCACGAAUCAUUUCACACGAUGCAGGACGAUUGGAGACUUGAGAUUGAAGAAGUUCUUCAUGGAUUACGCAUGAAAGAAAAGGAAUUGCGCUGUAGAGAAGAAGAGCUAACCAAAGCACAAGUGCAACAACGACAGCAUGAAGAAAAUUUAAGACAACGAGAACAGGAAUUAGCCGAGAGGGAAAUCGAUCUCUUGGAAAGAGAAUUAAUUGUUAUGAUUAUUCAACAAACUACCCCAACUCCAAAUAAGAGGAAGGGUAAAUUCAAGAAAUCAAAAUUAAGACUCAAUAAAAAGGAACCUGGAAGUAACAUUAGUGCACCGUCUGACUUUCGACAUACAAUCACCGUGCAACACACGGCUUUAGAUAGGGGAAAAAAUAGAAAUCCUUCCAGGCCAAAUAGUCCGCCUGGAUCGCCUAGUAUUCCUCGACUUCGAGCAAUAGCUUUACCAGCCGAUGGCGUUAAGGGUAAAACCUGGGGACCAUCAACACUACAUCAACGUGAACGCGGUGCAAUAAUCUCACAGCAACCAAAUCCGACAUCACCAGGUGUGAAACGUUGGUCGCGCUCCGCACCAGAUCUUGAAAAGACUCCACUACGUACUGCCUUGCUUGCAAACGCGCAUCGCUCGCCACUUCUUCAGGAAAUAGAUUAUUCAGGAGUACAAUCGGAUAUAUCGAGUGAAUGGAUGCCAACGGAAUAUCCAGUAAAGCCUGGUUUAACUGGACCCUAUAUUAUGCCAAUGCCAAUACCAUUGCCGACAUUAUAUAAUGGCGAGAAUAAAAGGCCAAAAUUAAAUAUCAUUGAAUUGGCACUUUAUAAUGUAGCUGCAUUACUUGGUUGGACUGCUGCUGGAUAUGAUAUUCGAAUGUCAAAUAUUUCUCCAAUUCAUCCACGAUUGCAGCCAAAUUUAAAUGAUGAGGAUGAAUCGUCGAGAUGGUGGUUUCCAGCUGAAAGCGGUGGUUCUAAUCGAAAUUCCGGUUAUUUGGGUCCUGAAUAUGAAUUUAGUUCGACAAGUGGUUAUCCUCAUAAUACUUAUCAUGGACCUGCACGACAUUACAGGCCAUUUUUGAGUAAUAUGGGAGGUAUAGCGCCAGGAUUGCCACCGUCAAUGUUAUCCGAUAAACCAUUAAGAUUCACGGAUUCUCCUCAACAUUAUACAAAUAGCACUGGUUCGAAUGCACCAACACCAAGUCCGAGGAGAAAAAGUUCUAGCACGAGUAACGAUGAAAACUAUUCUUCGGAAGUUGCGAGGAUUGAAAGAACACCAACAGGAUAUAUGGGAAGUAAUCUUUUACCUGAUUAUGGACAACCAAUGUAUCCCCUUGUUGCACCAGAAUAUUAUCGAUCUUCAGAAACUGGUUAUUUUCCGCCUUCAGAAUAUCACGAUAGAAUGUUGGAAUGUACGGAUUUUCCACACGCGUACGACAAUCCCAGCAGUAUAAGUAGCUCGGCAAGACCAAGUCCACGAUUACCAUCAUACACACAUCAUCGUACAUCGUCAAAUGUCUCGAAUGCAAGUACAUCAAGCCAAAGUAAUGUGAAUCCAACAUUUCGUCUUGAUGAUGAAUCAGAUUAUUCACUAUAUUCACCUAGCCAUUAUUAUCGACACAGUAAUAAUUCAAAUAUUACAAAUUAUAGUUCAAAUCUAUUAAAUCAUGAUUAUGGUUUUCAAUAUUUAUCGAGGCAAAAUUCACAUGAAUCAAGUACAAAUUCAGGUGGUGAACGACCGGCUAAUUUAGAAGUUGUCACAAGAUUAAGAUCAAGUUUAAAACGUUCCAAUUAUUCAUAUAAUUCGCCAAAUAAGACUGCAAGUAAAAAUAAUUCUGGCUCAGGAACACCGACAAAUCCAACGCCACCUGAUUCAUUAACAUCGGAAGAUUCAAGUUAUGUAUCAGCAAAAGAUAGUCAAAUAUCAAUAGGAAGAGUACGUUUUUCACCUGUUACAUUUGAUAGAGAUAAUAUUUCAUCAUCACGUGAACAUCGUGAAACAAUAUUGGAUAUUCCUGUACAUGGACAAAAUCAAGAUAUCACAAUACCAUUGCAAGUGAAUCGUAAUAGAAUUAGUCGAAAUCGAAAACCUAGUAUUUCAGAAUUGGAGAGGGAAUUCUUGUCAUAGCACUGGCUUAUUUAAAGGUAAGAAGAGAAAGAAUAAAAUUCAUAAUAUAAUUGAGAUCUUUUAAUAGAAAUUUCAGUGAUCUUAGUAGAAAAAACAAAAAAUUUACGCGCCUUUAAAAUUUCAAUAUUUAUUAUUUAUUCCUUUAAAAAAUAAAUAUUGAAAAUCUAAUAUUACUGAAAUUUCUUUUUUGCGCUCAACUAUUAAUUAUUAAUAAAAUAUAAUAAAUUCCGUAAAUCAUUCUAGAGAGAGAGAGAGAGAAAAAAAAAAAAAAGAAAUAAUGACCUCAAAGUGAACCGAAUUCACUGCCAUUGUAAUAUUUAUCCUUUUGAUAUUUCUUGCUUUUUUCUGGCAAGCAUUUCUCAACAAGUGAUGAAAAUAUUUUUUUGGCAAAUCUUAUAUAAAAAAAACGAGCUUAAAUGAAUUUGAUUAUGAAUAUUAAUUUUUUUUUAUUUUAACACUCUCUUAAGAUUCAUUUAUUUUUUAUUCACACAACAUUCCAAAAUAAUAUAUCCAAAGGAAAAAAAAGAAUAAUUCCAAAAUAGUGCAUUUCUCAUGCCAGGACUUCAUUUUAUUAUUCCUUAUUAUUGUGUAUUUAUCUCCUUUUUUGUCAACAACGAAACUACAUUCCCGCAUAUAGAUUCCGUGAGAAAAAAAAAUCAUUCUUCUUUUCAAGAAUGAUAGCUGUGUUUUAAAGUACUUAUUGUUGUUUUUAGAUAUAAUAAUGAAAUUUUUUUUUUUUGUUCAAAUCGAACUGAAAAUUCAAGUCUCGAUUUUGAACUGAUUUUUCUCAUUUGUACCUAUCGAGAGAAAUUUUGUCAAGUUGCAAAUUUCAUUUUUCUUUUUCUUUUGCAAAAACUGAUGUUGUACAGUAGAAAAUGAAUCAUAACUUGAAAAUCAAUUUUAGACUUUCUCGAUUCCACGCAGAUCUUGUACAUUUUAAAAGCGAUCUAAUGAUUAUAUCGACUGAAAUUGAGUAUUUUUAUUUUCAAGAGAGAAAAUU